GACCAGAGCGCAGCGUUGGUUGGACUCCGCCCAACUAAGUCGAGUCCAGGCUGCCUCACUGAAGCUGGCCGGCUACUAGUCAGGGUGAUGAUGUCACAGCCAUGGUGGAGGAGGACCACUGCUCAGUGUAUAUUGGAGAGGAGCUCCGCUUGGAGUGCUGGUUGUGGGGGAGGGUGCUCCCGGAGCAGUGUAAGGUAGUGCCUGGUAGGGUACGCACUGAACUACGACUGAGGAAGGUGGAGCCUCUGAUCUGGCCAUAGUAUGAGAUGGUGAGAUUCUAUAGACACAGUCUAGCACGUUGUGAGUUCAUCGUCCAUCGUAAGUGUGAGACUAAAGUGACCGUCACUUGUUCCUCUCGUCUCCAUGUUGUCCUAUCACAUGACAAACAGGAGUCUACUCCGCCCCCACCCACCCACCACACAUGCACACAGGAGUCUACCCCGCCACUUCAGGUGGUGGUGUUGCGGAACCACUCCUCCCAGCACUCCACUAGUGACAACACUCACACUGAGUCAGGGUCAUCCAACACCAGCAACAACUCAAGCUCCACCUCCUCCUCACAAGUCUCGAGUCAUCAGCUGAUCAUAGAGAAGACGAAACUCACUCGUAAGAUACAAGAGUACAACAGGAAGACCACUCCCGUCCACCACAUCCACCUCAGAAGCUCACACAAUGAUCCCAGUCUGAUUGAGUACCAAGGGUUCGUGAGGGUUCACAUGUGUGUACAGCGACCCAUACACGUCUCCACGGCAAUCACUCGUACCUCUUGGUAUCGUCUCAUGAGGCCAGUCAAAGAGAGGACCACAAACUCAGUGGAUGGCAUGUCAGAUGGAUUUGAGACUGCAUUCUACCUGCCCACUGACACCAACAGACUGGUACACAUCAUCAACACAACCACCACCAAAGAGUUGGUGUCCAUUUUGCUCAAGAAGUUUUGCGUAACUGACAAUCCAAAGAAGUUCUCAUUGUACGAGGAAUAUGGCAGUGACUGCCGGCGAUUGUUUGAGGAGGACCACCCACUGGAGAUCAUGCUGGAUGGCAGCUGUGCUCAUCGUAACAGCAAGCUAGUGCUCCGUGACAACACAUACUCAACCAUCCAAUGGGAUGCAUUCGCUCUGCCUGAACUCACCAACUUCAUUCGGAUACUCCAUCAGGAAGAGGAGAUAUACAUAAAGAAGCUGACGGCAAGGUUUGCUGCCUGGAAGCAGUGCAUCUGUCACGCUCAGAAGGAGGCGUGUAUGGAGGACAUCACGAAACAGACAAGACAGAACAUAUAGCUAGCAGCUUAAACACUACCCCCCCAAUUAGCAGAAAAUUGCCCCCCACUAACUCUUCCCCCAGACCUAAGAGAAAGUUGCCCCCCACACCCACUAUAGCUACUAAAGUGGAGAGUGUAGUGUGACUUGAUUUGCUGUCCACUGUAUUUCUAUUUGCACUUUUCCUUUUCAAAUGACGUU